AUUGAUAUAUCUCUUAAAUUCUGUCUAUUUAGUGUUAGUGAUUUUUCUAUAAAAUAAAAUGCAGGAACAGUCAAUAACUGAUGUCAGUGACAUGAAGCAUCGUUUUAAUGAACGUCUGGAUGAAUUAUGUUCCUCAAAAGCUCAGAAUACACAAAUUCUCACAAAGCCUCAAUAUUUGGAUUUAAUAGAAAAGGUUAAAACAUCUAGAAGCAAAGUGGUAAAUAAAAAACCUGAGGAUUAUCAGCGUUUACGUAGGUUUGAUGUAAUGACUAUUGGAGAGAAGGAAAAGUUAAUAGUUCCUGUAGAGGAAGGUAAAGAGCAGAUAAGAUUUUACGUACAUCGGGAAGAGAUAUUUCAACUCUUACAUGAUGCACAUAUAGCAAUUGGGCACGGUGGUCGAAACCGUAUGGAAAAAGAGGUAAAUUCAAAGUAUAAAAACAUUACAAGGGAAAUGAUUGUCACAUAUCUAAAUUUAUGUAUGACCUGCGAAAAAAAACACAGUGUGCCAAAAAAAGGUUUAGUUGUUAGACCGAUACUAAGUAAGAGUAUGAAUUCAAGAUGUCAAGUCGAUUUAAUUGACAUGCAGUCACAAGCUGAUGAUCAAUAUAAAUUCAUACUUGUAUACCAAGACCAUCUUACUAAAUUUAUUCAACUUCGACCUCUUAAAAGCAAAAGAGCAGAAGAAGUAGCUUAUGUGCUUUUGGAUAUUUUUGCAAUUUUUGGUGCGCCCAGUAUUUUGCAAAGUGAUAAUGGAAGAGAAUUUGCUAACAGUACUAUUAGCGAACUAUGUAGCAUGUGGCCCGAGUUGAAGAUGGUGCAUGGGAAGCCCAGACACUCUCAAAGUCAGGGUUCCGUAGAACGUGCGAAUCAGGACGUGGAAAAUAUGCUUUGUUCGUGGCUAGAAGACAAUAGCACCAGGAAAUGGUCACAAGGUUUACGUUUUGUACAGCUAAUGAAGAACAGAGCUCAUCAUAGUGGCAUCAACUGUACUCCGUAUGAGGCCAUGUUUGGGACAAAGUUGAAAGUUGGUCUAAAAAGUUUUCUACCCACAGAUGUUCUGAAUAAUAUAAAUUGUGAAGAGGACUUAGAAGUUUUAGUAAGAGAUCAAAAUAAUGUACAGUCUGUAGAAGAUGGUCCUCUGCAAAAUAAAACUGAGUCACAUGUGUUAGCGGAGCUCCCAGGUCCAAGUCAACAUGAUGAGGAGGAACUACUUUCUCUUGAUAGUUAUGUUCAAACUGAUUUACAUAAUAAAGAAUUUCAAGAACCUUUCGGACAUGAAGAUUCUCCGGAAGAACCCUAUGUGAAAAAAAGGAAAGCCGACAUAUUAAAAAUUAGGCAGAUUUCAGCAAGAAAUCUAAAAAAACAAGCUGAAAAAAUGAUUCAAGCUUCUACCUCAAAAUUCCCUGAUGCUAAAAAAGGUGACACAGUUAGAGUUCGAGUCCCAGAUGUCGACAGAGGUCGCGCCGAUGGAAGAAAUAUUUUGGCAUUUGUUCUUGAAGUAACAGAUGCUAAUAUGUAUAAAUUAGGCACGAAACACGGAAUUCUAAAUCAACUUUAUGCCAGGAACCAAUUUACAAUAUGUAAUGAGAAGUUUAUAUAUGAUGAAGAUAUUCCACAGAGAGAGAUUUCACUAAGAGAAUGUGCAAGAUUGUCAUCCAAGACAGGGGGCCAAGGCUAUAGGCGAUGUAGCUGUAAAGGUGGCUGUAAAUCCGACAAGUGCAAGUGUCGAACAGAUGAUAAUCACUUGGUGCCAGGUCCAGACUAUGAAGUGGAUGCAUCAGAACCUCCAAACCAAGCUCCCAGAGCUUCUGGCGAGUUACUAUCGAUGUCUGUGGCCUUGCGUUGUCCUGAUGGGAGACAAUUGCUUUCCUAUUGGCCAAAGCUGGCAGCUUAUGAGCAUUUGCUCCCUUCGGAGCUGUGCCGUAGAAGAGCAGCUCAUUGUAGAUAA